CACCCCGUAGUGAUCGAAAGACAAAGCAAAUUCUCCCUGUCCAACGCGUAAAUCAGAAAUUUGUCUUCUCCUUCCCGUAGCUCCCCUGAAAUCUCCAUAACCAACCGGCGAAAAAAAAAAUAAAAUCCCUAGCCGUAAAUGCCGGAAUUCUAGUUGUCGCUGCAUCGAAUCCAUCGUGUCAGUCUUCUUCUGUCCAUUUUGCCUUCUCCAACUGCUACAUUAUUUGGGUCGUUUCCGACGAUUCAUGCUCUGUAAUUCUCAUAAGCUGAGAGAGUUCUUAAGAUGGGAAACUUGCUCUGAGUUACUCUAUUUGAUUUAUGAGGAGUUCUUAUAAUGGAAAUGUUGAACGGCAAGCAUUUGAGAUUCUUGGGGCAGUAUAUCAAUUCAAUAGCAUGCAGAUGUGUGGUUCUCCUUGGGAUUGCUUUGAUGCUGAGACUUGUUCUCUUUCCCAGAUUUUCGAAGAGUCCUCCUCCUGCUCCAUAUUUUGAGUCUUUGCUUGAGAAACCAAAAUUUUUGGAGGUCCCACAGAUCGUAUGGGGAUUGAAUAAUCAGAAAAUUGCUUUUGCAAGGGCGUGCUUGACUGCAAGAAUGUUGAAAAGGAAACUUUUGAUGCCAAACUUGAGUGCUUCACUUUUCUACAAAGAAGCCAAUCUCUUAGACCCCAUUUCAUUCGAUAAGGUCUUUCAGUUCGACACCUUCAAUUCUGUCUGCUCCAAUUUUGUCCAAUUAGGCCGUUAUCCAGAAGUUUCCAAUCAUAGUGAUGUAUUUGAGCUUCAAAAGGGAAGUGGGAGGAGAUGGAGGGUAGAGAAAGAUUUUGAGCAGUUAAUGGAGUUUAGCAAAUAUCCAUAUGAUCAGUAUGAAACAAUCAAAGUGGUUGGGAAUAACCCGUUUUUAUGGCAUGACCACUGGCCUACCAAAGACUAUGCACAGAUCUUCGAGUGCCUAGUUAUCAUAGAUGAAAUAUCAAAAGAAGCUGAAAAAGUUAUUUCAAAGAUCAGAGAGCAAAGUGUGAAGUUGUCUCUGCCGGUGCCUUAUGUGGCGGUCCAUAUGAGAAUUGAGAAAGAUUGGAUGAUUCACUGCAAGAAAUUAGAGCAGAGAUUGAAUAUCAGUGAAAUUUGUAGCAGCAAGGAAGAGAUUAUGGAAAGAGUCCCAAACAUAAUAGGCCUCAAGAAUCCAAUAAUCAUUUAUCUUGCGGUUGCUGAUAGUCUUCUUCAAGAUGAUGAUUCUAUUUUGAAUGGUUGGGGCGAAGGGUUGACUAUACGUGAAAAGAAAACAAUGGGUGUUACCGAGAUUUAUAAAAAACAUCCUUACCUUAUUCAAUCAGCUAUAGACUAUGAAGUUUGUUUAAGGUCUGAUGUAUUUGUGGGAAACAGUUUUUCAACAUUUUCGAGCCUUGUGGUUCUUGAUAGAACUCAAAAAAUGAUCAAAACGGGCAGUACAAAUAUGUGCGGUGUGGAUGCGCGGUGGCCUUCGUUUGCUUAUAAUUUAGUUGGACCUUCUAACGGUCCUCGUCCGUGGGUGACAAAUAUGUCGGAUACAAGCUUGCAGUCUAUUAGCUAUGGUUCUAAUCAUGUCCAGUGCUGACUAUAUGCCAAGUUAGCAUUGUUUGGAUAUAUUACGUCUGGUACUGAUAUUGCCUUUACUUAAACGCAAAUUUUCGCUGUAAAAAAUGUACAGAAAACAUCAAUAUAGCAUUUUGAUUGCGGUACAUUAUAUCUUGUGGAAUUUGAUAUAAUUUUUAUCAUUUUGUCCUUUAUUUAUUUCUGUGUUUGAA